GGUGCCAACAACUUUGUGCUGUUCGAGUCAGCCUCGGGCUAUGCGAUCUUCGAGGUGGUGGAGAACGAGGAGAUCGCCGGCCUCCUCGCCGAGGUGCAGGCGGCUGUGGCGGACGUGUCCUCGUUCGGCCGCAUCGUGAAGCUCAAGGCCUUCCAGCCCUUCACGUCGGCGGAGAACGCCCUGGAGAACAUCAACAACGUGUCGGAGGGUCUCGUGGGCGACGACCUCAAGAACUUCCUGGAGAUGAACCUGCCCAAGGUGAAGGCCGGUAAGAAGGCCAAGUUCGCCCUGGGCGUGCAGGACAAGGGUCUGGCCCAGUCCAUCUCGGACGACCUGAACGUGCCCUGCAACACAAGCGAGACGACGCUCGAGAUCGUGCGCGGCGUUCGCAUGCACUUCAGCACCUUUGUCAAGGAGCUGGCCAACGGCAACCUGGCCAAGGCCCAGCUCGGUCUCGGCCACUCGUAUUCGCGUGCCAAGGUCAAAUUCAACGUGAACCGCGCCGACAACAUGAUCAUUCAGGCCAUCGCCCUGCUCGACCAGAUGGACAAGGACAUUAACACGUUCGCCAUGCGCGUGCGUGAGUGGUACUCGUGGCACUUCCCCGAGCUGGUCAAGAUCGUCAACGACAACUACGUGUACGCUCGCUGCGCUUCGUUCAUUAAGAACCGCAGCACGCUGAGCGAGGACUCGCUGGAGGAGCUGUCCAAGAUCGUGCUGGACGAGGACAAGGCCCAGCAGAUCCUGCACGCCGCCCGCUCCUCCAUGGGCAUGGACAUGUCGGAGAUCGACAUGAUCAACGUGGACAACUUCACCACGCGUCUCGUUAAGCUCGCCGAGUACCGUCGCCAGCUGCACGAGUACCUGGUGUCCAAGAUGUCGACGGUGGCCCCCAACCUUGCCUCGCUCAUUGGCGAGUCGGUGGGCGCUCGCCUCAUCUCGCACGCUGGUUCGCUGACCAACCUGGCCAAGUGCCCGGCCUCGACUGUCCAGAUUCUGGGUGCCGAGAAGGCUCUGUUCCGUGCCCUCAAGACCCGUGGCAACACCCCCAAGUACGGUUUGCUGUUCCACUCGACCUUCAUCGGCCGCGCUGCUGCCAAGAACAAGGGCCGCAUCUCGCGUUACCUUGCCAACAAGUGUGCCAUCGCUUCGCGUAUCGACUCGUUCAUUGACGAGCCCACCACCAAGUACGGUGACAAGAUGCGCGAGCAGGUGGAGGAGCGUCUGGCUUUCUACGAGAGCGGCGCCGCCCCCCGUAAGAACGCUGACGUGAUGCUGGAGGUGUCUGAGGAGCUGAAGAAGGAGGCUGCUAAGGGCGACAAGAAGUCCAAGAAGGACAAGAAGUCGAAGAAGCGCCCCGCUGAGGACGAGGACGCUGACAUGGAGGAGGUCAAGGAGGAGGUCAAGGAGGAGACCUCUUCCAAGAAGUCUAAGAAGGACAAGAAGAACAAGAAGCAGAAGAAGGAGGAGGCGGCUGAGGUGGAGGCACCCGCCGCUGACGCCGACAAGAAGAAGAAGAAGAAAUCCAAGAAGAAAUCCAAGACUGCGGAGUAG